AUGCGGCCCGGUCGUUCAGUUUUGUGGCUUUGCAAGUUCCUGCGGCGGCGGUGCGUGGCGGUCGCGCCCUACUUCAGCUCGGAGCACGGCGAGUCUCGGUUCGCGGCGAUCCACAAGGUGUUCGGCGCCAGCAAAGCCGCCAAGCUCCUGGCCCACCUCCCCGCCGCCGAGCACCGCGAGGCCGUCGUCACCAUCACCUUGGAGGCCCAGUCCCGCCUCCGCGACCCCGUCUACGGCUGCGUUGCCCAGAUCUUCGCCCUCCAGCAACAGGUACACACAAUCACUUCUCUUAGCCUGAGCAACCACCAGCAGCAGCACCAGUGGCCGGACAGCGCCAGCAGCAUCAGCGCGCUGCAACGGCAGCACUUCGGUGGCGCGGCGACUCUGCCGGAGCUCAUGGGCCGCGACGGCGUCUCCCUCAUGUCGUCGUCCAUGCAGCAGCAUUGUAGCAAGGUGGAUGGCGGGGAGCUCCAGUACCUGGCCCAGGCCAUGAUGAGAAGCUCCAACUACUCCGGCAUCUAUCUACAAGGACAGAUAUCAAACUUGCAUGCUCUCGAGGCUCGGGCUACUAGCUGCUAA